ACUGCCUCCUACUUAUAAAUUAUAAUAUAAUAGAACCCCGCCUAGCUAGCUGCCUAUUUUGGAGAAAGUAGCUAGCUUGUGGCCAGGGACCGAUCGAUCGGAUAGAUGGUCGUGGAGGAAGCCAAGCCGCCGCCGCCGCCGCCGGAGAAUUCUACCACCAGUCUCGACGAGGUCUCCACGACGGCGCGAACCCAGAGCUUCUUCAAUGCCUUACAGGAACUCAAGAACUUGGGUCCUCAACUUUAUUCUGCUGCAGAGCGUACCGAAAAAUCAUACCGAUAUGGCAAGCAGAAUUGGAUGGUGGUGGAGAACCUAAAAGAAUAUGCAGAAAGAGCAGUGGUGAAUGCAGUAGACCACAUAGGCACCGUGGCUUCGAAACUGAACCAAAUCAUGGACGAACAAACACUGCUAGAGGACAUAUCAGUUGUGGAGUCAAAGGUGGACUGUCUCCACCAAAAACUCCUUACCUGCAAGACCUAUAUUGACAAAGAAGGUCUCCGACAACAGCUCCUCCUUCCCGCCGAUCACACGCACCACAAACAUUACACUUUGCCUGCUCUUGCAGUCGGGAAGAAGGUGGACUCCUCUAGCCAGCUGCAACCCACUGAAAUGUGUAGUCAUUUGCAAAACAAACCCACUAAGCCCAAACUUGUUCUCUUUGGCUCGCCAGCUCCCAAAACUCUUUCAUGGCAUAUAGCAACCCAAGCCAAAUCAAAACUAAAAAGGGCCUCAUACUCUCUUUUCAUGAGGGAUGAGAAUACAAAGAUGAGUGGAGGAAGAACAUCGACGACGUCAUCAUCAGAUGUGGAAGAGGGAACAAGGGCAAAAACUUCAUCGUCAACUCGGCGUAGGUCACUAAGGCCUGGUCCAGCAUCAUUUGUUGCCAUGCAAACCUUGGGAAUUGAUUCAUCGGAGGGCUAUAAACCCAUUAUUGUCACGGCCCCAAAUCAGCAGUUAUUUGGUGACGAACAAGAAGAGAAUGCUAAACUUCAUGUGCCAUCAAGGAGCAACAAUAAUAAUAUUGCACGUUCUACCACUUUGUUUGUGAAGCACAAAAUUAAACGAGUGAUGAUUAGGACGGGAGCUUAAUUAGAGCACAUAUAUUUAGUUUGAUAUAUCGUUUAAUAAAUUAGGUGACAUUUGGUCUUGUACAAUUCUAAAUAUUAUAGAAUGAAUACAUUAUUUGUACAAGGAAUUACUUGAACAUGAUAUAUAGAACUACUCUAUCGAAUUAUGCAUAAUUCUCUAGUUCUCAUUCAUUUUUGGCACUACCAAUUCUAAAUUCACAUAUUUUUAUAUUAUCAAACAAUAUAAUUAAAAUUAUUUUCUUCAAUUCUAAUUCUAUAAUUUGGGUUCCGUGUUCCAAAUGGAGCUUAAAGAAAAUUGUUUGAAUAUGGAAAGAAAAAUUGGUUUAUGGA